AUGGUCGUUGUCAAGAAAUGUAAACUUCAUACUUACCUUGAUGGCAUGAGCUCCUUCAUGUACCCGGGUUUGUGGGCUGUGAGGACCCUUCAUAAGCACGGCGACCUUGUCCAUACAGAGGGUAAUCACGGUUUGUAUGAGCUCAGGUUCAUGCACCGUCUCAAUAUUUUCCAGUCCUGCCACGGCCACUCUGGCUGGGCAGGCCUUCCUUUUUGA